GACAAAUUGGCAACUGGAGGACCCGACCAUAUCAAGCCGCCCAGGAGGGCAGUAGCCUUUCUUAUCCUAGGCCGCCGACGUUUUAGCUCCUCCACCUUCACGUGGGGCUCAGUCCCCAUGAACACGUUCUCCAUUCGAUUAUAAUAACUUGCUUCUGAUAGGCCUAGGUAGGCCUACAUAGGUGUUCCGCACUGUGCUCCGAUCUGAGGCCUGAGGAUCCAAAUCGGUACCACCGGGAGGCGGCAGCUGUGGCAAAACAGCCUGAGUGCAUACCAUUAAUGAUACCAUGAUGGUGCUGAACACGUGUGGAGGGGUGAGAGCACUUUUCGCUGAUCUGCAGCCUUUUCUGCGUGGAGUUCAUGGUUCACCCACAAAACGCCAAUAAAAUGCGGCCGGACUUGGGUCGAUGGAUUUACAUCCUCUAGGUUUCUGAUGCACCGUUAUCUGCUUUCGGCCCUCAUUGGGCUGUCUCUGUUUGACUCUGCGUUGUCUCAAUUUUCUCCUGGUUUUCCCUAUGGUUCUGAGAAGGUCCGAGGCGUCAACCUUGGAGGAUGGCUCGUACUCGAGCCAUGGAUCACCCCCAGCAUAUUCGACAACACAGGAAAUCCAAAUAUUGUUGAUGAAUGGACGCUUGGAGAAUACUAUGACCCCACCACAGCAACAAGCGUACUACAGAACCACUGGAACACCUGGAUUACAGAGACCGAUUUUUCGAAUAUCGCUGCUGCUGGAUUGAACCAUGUGAGAAUACCUAUCGGGUACUGGGCCUUUGAAGUUGGCCCUGGUGAGCCAUACAUACAGGGCCAACUGCCUUAUCUUCAGAACGCCGUACAAUGGGCCAGCCAAUAUGGACUGAAGGUGAUCAUCGAUCUUCACGGCGCUCCCGGAAGCCAAAACGGGUACGACAAUUCUGGACACAGAAUCUCAUAUCCUACAUGGCAGUCGAAUCAAACGAACAUUGACCGGACAGAUGCAAUCAUCAAACAAAUUGUUUCCAUGUUUGUUGGUCAGUCCAGUGUCGUUCCUAUCAUUGCGCCUCUGAACGAGCCAGCCGGGUAUUAUGGAUCGACCGUUCUAACACCUCUGAAACAAUACUACUACGAUUCCUAUGGAAACAUCAGGUAUCCGUACGGCACAUCUACACAAAGCAACAUCGUCGUUCUACUCCAUGAUGCUUUCCAGCCUUUGAGUUAUUGGAGCGGAUUCGAGACAACACCUAACUGGCAGGGCGUGGCGAUGGAUACACAUAUUUACCAGGUGUUUUCCGACGCGGAUGUUCAAAUGUCUUGGCAGAGCCAUAUCAAUACUGCGUGUGCUACUCAAUCCUCUCUCCCUGGUUUCGACCUUUGGCUUAUGGUUGGUGAAUGGGCACCCGCCAUUACCGACUGCGCCACCUACCUCAACGGCAGGGGCUCCGGAGCCCGAUACGAUGGUUCCUAUCCCGGUUCCACUUAUGUCGGAAGUUGCAGCGGGCUUACCGGAAGCGCAUCUACUUUUAGCUCGAGUUACAAGACUUUCCUUCGUCAGUUCUGGGAAGCGCAGGUAAUUUCUUAUGAGAAAGUAAACGGGUGGUUGAUGUGGGCGUGGAAGACAGAGAGUGCAGACGAAUGGUCAUACCAAGCUGGAUUACAAAACGGCUGGAUACCCUGGUCUCCUACUGACCUCCUAUACCCCACCAUUUGCGGGUAGACACAUCUUAA